AUGCUACGCCUUGUACCUACCGGCCCGUUCAGGACAGAGACAUUUGUCACUCUGAGCCACUGCUGGGGUCACAAUGUACAACCAAUACUGACUACCCAGAAUAUCGAGGAGCGAUGCGAAUCCGGCAUACCGAUCGAUGCCCUGCCGAAGACGUUCCAGGAUGCUAUCACGGUAACAGAGUGGUUUGAUGUCAAAUGGCUAUGGAUUGACUGCCUUUGCAUUAUCCAAGACAGCAAGGAGGAUUGGCUUCGUGAAGCGAAGAUGAUGGCGCCUAAUUACAGACAAGCACUUUUCGAUAUAUCAGCCGAUGCUAUAGAAGCCGGCACCAGUGGACUUUUCCAGCCACGCCGGGCCGUCGACUAUCUGCCACUAAGCUUCACAGCCACGGCUCUUGAUCGAACGACUCGAUUCACCCCAUGUUCAGUAAAUCAGUUUGCAUGGAUUCAUGAUGCGCCUACCUUCAGUCGAGCCUGGGUCCAUCGUGAAAGACAGUUGUCUCGCCGCAUUCUUCACUUCACUGAUCAGCAGAUGAUUUGGGAGUGUUGUGCCACAACGGGCCACGGUUUCGCUAGUGACAUGGUCCCAGGCGAGCCGCUUACAUCGAGACCGUUCGGGGCAGACAAUAAACAGCAUGUUCAUGGGCUGCAACUAGCAGGAAGCGGUGGCAUUGGCCGUGACGAAAGCGAGUUGCACGACUCGUGGGAUGACGUCUGUCACAAUAUUUCGCAGAAGCGGUUGACUGUCUUGACUGAUAUGCCCAUCGUUCUGUCGACCCUCGCGGAAGACUUUGCGGCGCUCUUGCACAACGGAGAUCAAUACCUUGCAGGUCUCUGGAGAUGGACAAUGCCUCGGAAUCUGCUUUGGAAAACCGAUCACCACAGGAGGCUAAGGCAGAGCCCUUACAUUGCUCCUACGUGGUCGUGGAUGUCCACAGCUUGCUCAACCACCUUCGAUGCCCGCAAGCUUGGGAGGUCGGACAUCGUACAUGAUGUUGCAGAGUUUCAGAGCGCUGAUUUACAAUACAAGAAUGGGAAUGAUGCCUUUGGCCCGUUGUUUCGAGGGGUGCUGACGCUGCGAGGCUAUCUGCGUUCACUGCAGUUCACCUUUGACCUACCCUCGGCUGGGAAACAGAUCGAUCCUUGCAGCUUGUCCGUCUUCGAUAAUGACCGAUGGCGAACCGUGGGUCCUCGGUGGGAUAAACGCACGGGUGAUCUCUUUGAGCUCAAGCUUGAUAAAGCCCACUCUCGUCGACAAUUCGAUUGCUCGUGCAUCUUUAUCAGCACCAAGUUCUGGGGCAGCUUCGAGAGCUGCUGGCAGGAAAUUUCUGCUCUGCUGCUGACGCGCAACGAGCAAGACGAGUGGCAAAGAAUAGGCAUUAUCACAUUCAAGGACUUCUACUCUUUACAAGUGAGUCCCGAAUUCAGGAGCAGACUCUGGCUGGUGAAGCACAAACAGCUCAAGAAGCACCAAAAUACUUUCUGGGAGCAGCACAAAGCGGCGAAGGACAACGAGCGAGCGGACGAUGAACUGGGCGAGAAGUCUGAACCAGAGGUGUGGGUACAGGAGCCUGAUCCGGCAGACCUCUAUGCGUUUGACUCUGGCCUCGACACCAGGUAUCUAAAUGCUCUUGAGCCCCAGACCAUCGUUCUCACCUGA